AUGCCCAACAUCCCAGACUCAGGCCCAAUUCCAGGCCUGGACCCAACCCUCGAAACAGAGAGACACACCCAGACCUCUCUAACUCCAACCCCGGUCCCAGCCCCACCAAGCACAGUUUCAAAAUACUAUUAUUUCGCAUAUGGCUCGAAUCUAUCGCCCACUCAGAUGGCAGCUCGCUGUACCAAGAAUCCCAGCUCCAGCAAGCCCCUCGCGAUAGCCACACUUCCUCAUUGGCGUUGGUUGAUCUGUGACGCGGGCUACGCAAAUGUCCUCCCUCCUGCUGGCCUCCGGGUCCCGAAUCAGGACUCCGAGCCGGCGCAUGAGAUCCCCGUUUCAGGGUCGGAGGAUACGGUCUACGGCGUACUCUAUGAAAUGGACCCCCGCGACGAGAGGAUUCUGGAUAUGUACGAGGGUAUCGAUGUCCAUGCGGAAGAGAGCGAUGGGCAGUUCGUGGACGUCGAAGUGAGACCCAAGGAGCAGGGGAGAGGAAGUUACAAUAAGUGGUUUGUUAAUGUGGGGGCAGUGGAAUGGCUAGAUGGACGCGAGGAUCCAACAGCAGAAGUGAAGGUCUUGGUCUAUGUUGACGAGAACUGCGUCACGCUCUCUGAACCAAAUUUCGAAUACAUCGCGCGGAUGAAUCGCGGGAUUCGUGAGUCUGUACAGCUCGGUGUACCGCAGCGAUGGGUGGAUGAGGUGAUAAGGAAGUUCAUUCCUCCCGAGGACAGUUGA